UUCGGGGCUAGAGCGCCUCCCGUCCGCCAGCCAUCCCAGUCCCCAGCGGCUUCUAUUUCCGGGUGCGGCUCCUGUCAUAAAGCGGGGGCCUCUCUACAAACGUGGAAUCGUGGGUCCUUCGCGCCUCGCCGGGGUCAGCGCGCAAGGACGGUCCUUGGCGGGGGUACUUCGCAGCCAACGGCUAGAGCCGGUCUUCGCGUACCGAUUCCGCACUGGCACCUCUAACCCCUCAGAGCUAGCUGGCUCUUGAGCCCUCACGAGUUAGAGUCCCUGAUUCGCAGCCUCCAGGGCUGCAGCUCCAGAAGAUAUCACUCCUUCGCCCAUCCCUGUCCCCAUAGGCAUGCUCUGCCCUGUGAGGUACAGCAUUUGACAAGUCACCCCUACCCCACACACCACUUCCACCCGCGUCUGCCUUAACUUCGUUCUUAACCUCCUUAGUUUGAGACCCCUCCCUUCUGCCUCCAGAAGAGGUCUUUUUCCCCCACUUCCGUGAAAGAGGAGUUUUGGGUCUCUUGCAGAAAGAUUACCUUUAAGACUGAGCACCUAUUUGAUAACUAAAACAAGUUCAUGCUUACUAAAGAGUUUGUGGGCAAAGUGAAACCCAGUGCACACGGGAAAUUAUGGCUGAGCAUGGGGCUCACAUCACAACUGCUUCUGUGGUGGAUGACCAGCCAUCCAUCUUUGAGGUGGUAGCACAGGAGAGUUUAAUGACAGCAGUGAGACCUGCUCUUCAGCAUGUGGUCAAGGUUCUUGCAGAAUCCAAUCCUGCCCACUAUGGCUUCUUUUGGAGGUGGUUUGAUGAAAUCUUCACCCUGCUAGAUCUUCUGCUCCAGCAGCAUUAUUUGUCCAAAACCAGUGCCUCAUUCUCUGAAAAUUUUUAUGGCUUAAAGCGCAUUGUAAUGGAGGACACACACAAGCUUCAGAGGUUGGCCAGUGCUGGUCUCCCAAAACAGCAGCUUUGGAAGUCAAUUAUGUUCCUGGUUCUUCUUCCCUACCUGAAAGUGAAGCUAGAGAAGCUGGUUUCUAGCCUGAGAGAAGAGGAUGAAUAUUCUAUUCAUCCCCCUUCUUCCCGUUGGAAACAGUUUUAUAGAGCUUUCCUGGCAGCCUACCCAUUUGUUAACAUGGCAUGGGAAGGCUGGUUUUUUGUACAACAACUUCGAUACAUCCUAGGAAAGGCUCAGCAUCACUCACCACUGCUGAGGCUGGCUGGUGUUCGGUUAGGUCGACUUACAGUUCAGGACAUACAAGCUCUGGAGCACAGACCAGCUGAAGUCAGCAUGAUGCAGCAACCAGCCAAGAGUGUUGGUGAGAAGAUAAAGUCAGCUCUGAAGAAAGCUGUGGGAGGUGCUGCCUUAUCCCUCUCUACUGGCCUUUCUGUGGGAGUAUUCUUUCUGCAAUUCCUUGAGUGGUGGUACUCAUCUGAAAAUCAAGAAACCGUCAAAUCGCUGACUGCCCUACCUACUCCGCCACCACCUGUACACCUGGACUACAAUUCUGAUUCUCCUCUGUUACCCAAAAUGAAGACUGUGUGCCCACUGUGUCGUAAAACCCGGGUGAAUGAUACUGUUCUUGCCACCUCUGGCUAUGUGUUUUGUUAUCGCUGUGUGUUUAAUUAUGUCAGGAGUCACCAAGCUUGUCCCAUAACAGGUUAUCCAACAGAGGUACAACAUCUAAUUAAACUGUACUCCCCUGAGAACUGAAACG